GCCUUCAGCCCGAACCUGGCGAAAAAAAACCCCUUUGGAGAGCUCAGACUUUACUGCAGGAAGAUUUAUUGGCAAACACCAGGUCAAGGAUGGAAUAGCAGCGCUCAAGAAGAGAUUCAGCAACCAAACUCCUGCAAACAGUAGCUGAGCAAUAUCAUCCUGUCCACUUUUGUUUCAAAAUCGGGAAAAUCCGUGUCCUCCCUGGAGAAGCCGUCAGGGGCAGGACUCUGGCAGUGAUGGCUCUGACUUCACCUGCUUCUGCAAAUGAGUCAUGGAGUGUUAUAAAAAGCAAGGACCUGCCAAGUCUCAUUUCUUGGAACUGAGUGGAAAUUUCAGCAAGCAGCUGCUCCUUCCUUAGUUUAUACUUUUCCUCCGCAGGUUUCUUGGAGAGGGCCUGGAAUCACAGAAACUUGGUAGCAUAAAGGACCUGUUGCUCGGUUUGGAUAACACAGUGGAAAGGGCUGUUUGGUCCGGAUUAUGAUUCUGAUCUUCCUAAGGGAUCUUGGUGAAGCCUGCAAGGAGCCUCGGGAACGGAAUUAAACAGUGAUUUGUCCUGUUGGGCAGCUGCCUUCUGAGUGCCUCUGGGGAGAUGCCAGCCAGCUGAAUUAAGCAAUAGCAGGGACAGCACCUACCCAGGCUGAAGUUUUAAGCCCAGGCACGUGGCAUUUGCACAGGUCGUUUCCCCCAGUGAGUGACGGUGAGAAUGAAUGGGCACAUCUCAAACACCCCUCCCGGUGGAUAUGGAAGUUACUUCCCUCAAAUGAAUGGCUAUGGCUCCCCAACGUUUGCUCAGGCAGAGAGGGAGCAGAAUUCAAGAACAAGUGCGAAAGCUCUCUACGAACAAAGAAAGAAUUAUGCACGAGACAGUGUCAGCAGCAUAUCUGAAACGUCACAGUACCACGUGGAGCACUUGACCACCUUUGUUCUGGACCGAAAAGAGGCAAUGAUUACAGUGGAUGAUGGAAUCAGGAAGCUGAAAUUGUUGGAUGCCAAAGGCAAAGUGUGGACUCAAGACAUGAUUCUUCAAGUGGAUGACAAAGCUGUCAGUUUGGUGGACUUGGAAUCAAAGAAUGAACUGGAGAAUUUUCCUUUAAGCACAAUUCAGCAUUGCCAAGCUGUGAUGAAUGCAUGCAACUACAAUUCAAUUCUUGCAUUAAUAUGUAAAGAACCAACCCAAAACAAGCCUGAUUUGCAUCUUUUCCAGUGUGAUGAAAUUAAGGCUACCCUUAUUCAUGAAGAUAUUGAAAGUGCAAUCAGUGACAGCAAAAGUGGGAAACAAAAGAAGAGGCUGGAGACAUUGAGGAUGAUCUCCAAAGCUGACAGUGCCAUCCCCCCGCCCCCACGGGCACCUGCCCCCGUGCCCCCGGGGACCAUCACGCAGGUGGACGUGCGGAGCCGCGUGGCGGCGUGGUCGGCGUGGGCCUCGGAGCAGGGGGAGUAUGAAAAGCACAGACAAUACCAUGAGCAGGAAGAGACAGCAGAGAUGAUAGCAGCCAGGAUCGACAGAGAUGUUCAAAUUCUGAACCAUAUUUUGGAUGACAUAGAGUAUUUUGUUACCAAACUGCAAAAAGCUGCUGAAGCAUUUGCUGAGCUUUCAAAGAGGAAGAAAACUAAAAAAAGUAAAAAGAAAGGACCUGGAGAGGGUGUUCUUACUCUCCGUGCGAAGCCACCACCUCCAGAUGAAUUUGUUGAUUGCUUCCAAAAAUUCAAGCAUGGCUUCAAUCUUCUGGCCAAGUUGAAGUUCCAUAUCCAAAAUCCUAGUGCAGCUGAUCUGGUUCAUUUUCUCUUUACCCCACUACAUAUGGUGGUGCAGACAACAGGAGGUCCAGAGCUUGCUGGCACAGUGCUCAGCCCCCUCCUGACAAAAGACACCAUCGACUUCCUGCGAUACACCGUCACCAGCGAGGAGGGACAGCUGUGGAUGUCCCUGGGUGAUUCAUGGACCAAAGCCAGAGCUGAAUGGCCAAAAGAGCAUUUUAUUCCCCCGUACGUCCCUCGUUUCCGAAAUGGCUGGGAGCCUCCUCUGCUGAACUUCACGGGAGCUCCAAAGGAGCAGGAACUCAACCAUUUGGCUGAGUCUGUGGCAAACGUGGCAGAGCAACAGCGCAAGCAAGAGAUGAAAAGACUGUCAAGUGAGCCUCCCGGCGUUCCCGACUACCCCCCGGCGGAUGGGUAUGCAUUCAGUAACACGGUGUACAAGAGAGGGCCUCUGCUGGACCAGGGGGCAGCUGUGGCUGCCUUUAAGCAAACUGUUAGCCGACAUGUAGAUAGAAACUAUGAAGCACACGGUAAAGCACAGAGCAAGAAAUACGCCAAAUGCAAGUACGAAUUUGUGGCAAGGAACAACAGUGAGCUUUCUGUCAUGAAAGAAGAGAUUGUGGAGAUUCUGGACGACAGAAAGCAGUGGUGGAAGGUCCAGAACAAAAGUGGCAGCACGGGCUUUGUGCCAAACAACAUUUUGGACCCUCUGAGGAUCGCAGAAGGCAGCCAGGGAUGGCCAGAGCCUGCCUACACCCGCACCAUCCAGAAACAAAGGACGGACUACGUGGCGAAACAACCCGAGCCGGUUCCCGCUACGCCCUCGCCGCCCCCCACACCCGCCCCUGUCCCCGUGGCUGUCCCUGUGGCUGUCCCCGUGGCUGUCCCCAUGGCUGUCCCCCUGCCCCCCAAUGCCCCAGCUCCCAUCCCAGUCCCCGUGCCCAAGGCGCCGGCCGCCGUCAGCCGCCAGAGCAGCACCUCCAGCGACAGCGGUGGCAGCGUGGCCCGCGACACCCAACGGCAGAAGCAGAUUCCUGUGGAUCGCAGGAAAUCUCAGAUGGAGGAGGUGCAGGAUGAACUCGUUCACAGGCUCACCAUCGGCCGGAGCGCUGCCCAGAGGAAAUUCCACGUGCCACGGCCAAACAUCCCGGUGGUGAACAUCACCUACGACUCCUCUCCUGAGGAUGUCAAAGCCUGGCUGCAGUCCAAAGGAUUCAACCCUGUUACUGUGAACAGCCUUGGAGUGCUGACAGGGGCUCAGCUCUUCUCCCUCAAUAAAGAGGAACUGAGGACUGUUUGCCCAGAGGGGUCGAGAGUCUACAGCCAAAUUACGGUACAGAAAUCUGCCUUGGAGGCUAACAGUGGUAGUUCAGAACUGCAAGAAAUUAUGAGAAGACGGCAAGAAAAAAUCAGUGCAGCUGCCACAGAUUCAGGUGUGGAGUCCUUUGAUGAAGGAAGCAGCCACUAAAUGUGUUUCCUCUUUUCUUUAAUUCCAUUGUCCAUAGCAUUAAACCAUCCAGCUUUGCUUUAGGAAGCAGUGAAGGGGGAAUGUCUUAUUGUAUUGUAAACGUAACUAGCCAACAUAAAGGAAAUUUUCAGUAGUCUCCACAGAAGUACCUGCUGCUGGCUCCUCAUCAUGAAAAAUGAAGAGAUGAGAAAGGCAGCGGAGAUUCCUGACAGGUGAAAAUAUCGGUACACGAUUCAUUUACACCCAGAGAUGAGUCCUGGCUUUAUGGAAUUAACGGGACAGAUAAAUUGGAGCACGUCUUUGUUGGUGAUUCAUCUGAGGGAAGCUGAGCCAGCAAUAAAAAAGCAUUUGAACCCUUCAGUAAUAAUAAGAUUCUGAAUCCCAUCUCUUGCUGUAGUGCACAAUUAUUUCUUUUUUGGCUCAGUCUUUCUUGUCAGGGAUUUGGCUGCAGGAUAUUUACUGAAGUUCUCGACUCCAGCAAAUGUAGAGGAAAUGUUUAGGGAAUGAACAGCAGCCCAACACAGACUGAAUCCUUCCUGCAUCACUCCCAAGAUGUUUUAUUACUAAUGAUCCUGUUUAUAGCAAAAUAAUAUUCUUGUACAUUGAUUUUAUCCGUAUUUCACCUGUGAUGAACUAUAAUAUUGCACAAGAAGGAGUAACUAGAAAAUAGUAACACAACCCAGCUCAAAGAGGAGAUGAGAUCUGCUGUAGCCAUGCAACAACUCACAGUACAUUAUUUUUUUUUUAAAUAUAACUGCAUUUUUUUGUCUGUAACCUAACCCAUCAAAAAGGACUGUGUAUAAUCUAGACUUCUCUGUGUGUUCAUCCCAGGUAUCAGUUUUUCCUCAUGCAAAAAGCCUUUGUAAUUUCCUUUAUAAAUGUAAUCUUGUGGAAAAGUGGAUUCCUGAAGGCAAAACGGGGGAAAAAAAGAAAAGAGAAACAUCCCUUCCAGAAAAAUGUUAUUUUUGGAGAUGCAAUGAUUUUUGUCAUAAAAUAUUCUGUUUCACAUGGUCAUGUGAUUUUAUAUAUAAUAUAUGUAUUAUAUAUAAUAUAUAAUAUCACUUAAUUUAGACAAAUUUAAUCAUCUAGUUUGAUUUUCAUAGUGCCUUUUUCACAUGAAUCAGCUUAAAGUCUGCAAUAAACAGUAUUUCUUGUCUGUUAAAUUGUUGUAUCUUUGUGGCUACAAAGAGUAUUGAAAUAAGAAAGUAAUCUUGAUUUUUGCCAUUAGUUUGCUUUUCCUCUGCAUACAAGGGAAAAAAAAAAAAAACCUAUUCAUUUUUCACAAAUGAAAAAUUAAACUCUUAAUAAAGGUGUUAGUGCCA